UUCCGAAUAUAAGCUAAAUAAAUUGCUAUCUAUAGCCAGUACUUCUCUGACAACCGAUCGAAUUUCAACAGAGUGCGAAACCUAUUUGAGAUUAGCAAAAAUGUCUGGAACAUUACCGGCCACCUAUGUGAAGGGCUUCCACGAUGAGGCGAAGGUGCGCCGUAUGGAAUAUCGCAAUCUCGGAAAGACCGGCCUGCAAGUCUCGAAAGUCUCUUUCGGAGGCGGCGCCCUCUGCGCCAACUACGGCUUCGAACUGGAUGAGGGCAUCCAGACGGUUCAUGAGGCACUAAAAUCAGGCAUCAAUUACAUUGAUACUGCUCCCUGGUACGGUCAGGGUCGCUCUGAGGAGGUCCUUGGCCAGGCUCUUAAGGAUGUUCCUCGGGAAUCCUACUAUAUAGCCACCAAGGUGGCUCGCUAUGAGUUGGAUUACGAAAACAUGUUCGACUUCAGCGCUAAAAAAACCCGUGAAAGUGUGGAGAAAAGUCUGAAACUGCUGGGUCUGGAUUACGUGGAUGUCAUUCAGAUCCACGAUAUCGAAUUCGCUAAGGAUUUGGAUAUUGUCUUUAACGAGACAUUGCCAACUCUGGAGCAGCUGGUCAAGGAGGGCAAGGCCAGGUUCAUUGGAGUGUCGGCCUACCCUAUUUCAGUGCUUAAGGAAUGCCUGACUAGAGCGGCCGGGAGAUUCGAUACGGUCCUCACCUAUGCCAGAUACACCCUGACUGAUGAAACUCUCCUGGAGUACCUGGACUUCUUUAAGUCCCAGAACCUCGGAGUGGUCUGUGCCGCUGCCCACGCCCUUGGACUACUAACCAACGGUGGACCUCAGCCAUGGCAUCCAGCCAGUGAUGAUCAGAAGGCCAUUGCCCGAAAGGCUUCGGAGAUUUGCAAGGAACGUGGAGUGGAACUGGGUAAGCUGGCGAUGUUCUACACGAUGAAAGGACUGCCCGAGGUGAGCACAUUCCUAACGGGCAUGCAAACACGCCAGUUGCUGCGGAUUAACCUGGAGGCAUUCGAACUGGGCCUAAACGAUAAGGAGCAGGAAGUGCUGCAGUACCUGAAAGAAAAUGUUUUUACCAAACCUUUCGAUUGGGAGGGCAACGAACUGGAGCGGUAUUGGGCAGCCUUAAAGAAGAAAUAAUCGGAGAGGAUUACCAAAAACCAAACGAGAUAAAUAAAGACUUUUACCAAAAA